AUGACAGAUUGGAACUAUAUAAGGAGACGGCGUUUAAUCUAUGGGUUGACCGUUGACCGUGCUGCCGCACCUGCACUGCCGGAGUCUCUGAAACUGUACAACAAACUCUUGUCUAUUGGCAUCAAGGUUGCAUUCUUAACAGGAAGACCAUUGGCUCAAAAGGAUAUUACUGCUAAGAACUUAAAGCUUGCUGGGUUCUACACUUGGGAAAAGCUCAUUCUCAAGGAACCAUCAACAUAUUCUGGUAAAACAGCAGUUACAUACAAAUCAGCGGAGAGAAAGAAACUGGAGGAAGAAGGAUACAGAAUCAUUGGAAACAUUGGAGACCAGUGGAGUGAUAUCUUAGGAACCACCACAGGCAACAGGACUUUCAAGCUGCCUGAUCCCAUGUACUACAUUAGUUGAGGACUUGACGUCUCUCUAGCCUAAGGAAUAAGAGCGUAUAUUUUGAUACGCAUUAAAAAGUAUGAAGAACAACUUAAAAAAUAAGAUAUUUUGGUGCA